AUGGCGGAACCGGAAGAGACGCCGGCGCAGCGACAAGCCCGCAUUCGCCGUCAGAAGCGUGAAGCGAAAAUCACGGGCUCAGCAACGGAGAGACUCGACAAGAUUACAAGGCUGAGUGGAAGGACUCCAGAGAGCAUGCGCAACGAGUCUCCAGUGCCAACACCAUCCCCGAGAUCUCCUCCCGAGCAGGUGGCUCCACCGCCCGGAGGUCCUGGCGCGUUGCCCACUCCGGAAGAGCUUAGGGCGCAGGAGGAGUACUUGAAGGCAAUGUUGAGACAACCCCUGUCACAAGAGGAACCAAGCCAAGCCCAGCAGGAAGACCCUAUGUUGAAACUACUACAAUCGAUGAUGGGAGGAAUGGAAGGCUCAACAGACCCCAAUGCCCCUGGUGGUAUGGGCGCCGGCCCCGGAUUGUCUCCCGACGACAUCUCAAAGGCAACAGGUCUUCCUCCCUUCCUGACCAACAUGAUGAUGGGAGGUCAGAAGGCGCCACCCAGCCAAGCCGAGAUACAAGCGACACGCUUCUGGAAAGUCGUGCAUGUUAUUUUCGCCAUCAUGGCCGGCUUGUACUUGGUUUUCAGCAUUCACCAAGCCACUCAGACCUAUGGUGAGAAUCCACCGGCUCCGGCAACCUUCCAGAACCCGUUUAUCGUGUUCAUGAGCGGAGAAUUAUUGGUCCAAGGCGCAAGAGCAGUAUCAAGGGGCCAGUCGGGCAAAAGCGGAGUAAGGCUGUGGAUACAAAUGGGCAAGGAAUUCAUCGGGGACGGCGCGAUUAUGGUGUUCAUGCUGGGAUUAGCGUCCUGGAUGAAAGGAAGCUGA